AUGUCCAAUACGCUUCGCUCGUACCUAACAGCUGUUCGGUCUACAUUGACGGCAGCACUUUGUUUGACAAAUUUCCCGUCGCAGGUGGUUGAACGACAUAAUAAGCCAGAGAUUGAAGCUCUAUCAUCACUUGAAGUGGUGCUAAACCCGCUAACCAUCAGCAGAAAUGAAAACGAACAAGUGCUGAUAGAACCAUCUGUAAACUCGAUUCGUAUUAGCAUUAAAAUUAAGCAGGCGGAUGAGAUCGAGCGUAUCCUUUGUCACAAGUUUACGCGAUUCAUGAUGUUACGUGCAGAGAAUUUUAUUAUUUUAAGGAGGAAGCCUAUUCCUGGAUACGACAUUAGCUUCCUGAUUACCAAUUUCCACACUGAAGCAAUGUACAAACAUAAGAUCGUCGAUUUCAUCAUUCAGUUCAUGGAGGAAGUGGAUAAAGAAAUUUCAGAGAUGAAGUUGUCAUUGAAUAGUCGGGCCCGUAUUGUAGCAGAGUCAUAUCUGUCGCAGUUUGCAUGA